UUUGUAAUUGUGUUAUCGCUACCAUCGCUGCAUUGAAAAUCUCUAUCAUCUCUACAUGGAGAUGGAGAAAAAUAAAAUAAUUAUUUAAAGUUUAAAAUAAUUAUAGUUAUGUGGCAAAGUUACAUACACCAUACACUUAUACAUCAUUUACAGUAAAUUAUUAUUCUCAAAAAAAUAAAUUUAAAAAAAUAACAAUACACAUAUUAACUAUUACAAUAAAAUAUAUAUAGACAUAUAGGUAUAUAUUUAUGUAUAACUUGUGCUAUUUUAUUAAUAAUAAUAAUAUAUUAAACAAGUGUACUCGUGUCGGCUUUAUUUAAUAUAAAAUUUUUAAUGAAAUUUAAUGAAUUAUUGGGGAAUACUCCCCAUACCGAUCACAAUUGCAAUUCAUAUUUUUCUUUGAAAAUAUAAUAAUAAAUUUAUCAAUACACAAUAGCAUAAGUACAAGUUUUAACCAAAAUAGAAUCGAUUGUGUUACAAGUAUACAGUAAUAAUAAAAUUAUAAUCAUAAACGACGAAAUGAAGUUAACACGAAAAAUGAUAUUUUCAUUAUUAUUUAACAUAUUAUUAUAUCAGCUGACGUGUGCUGAUGAACAUAAUCAUAUUUAUGAAGAUAAUGAACAAGUUGUAUUGUGGAUGAGUACCAUUGGACCUUAUCACAAUAGACAAGAAACUUAUGCCUAUGAUUCAUUACCAUUUUGCAAUGGGAAAAAAGAAGCAAUUGAUCAUUAUCAUGAAACAUUAUCAGAAGCUCUUCAAGGUAUCGAACUUAAAUUUAGUGGUUUGGAUAUUGACUUUAAAGCUCAAGUACCAAAAACAACUGUAUGUACAAUUGACUUGACAGAAAACGAUAUGAAAGCAUUUAUUUAUGCUAUUAAAAAUCAAUAUUGGUACCAAAUGUAUAUAGACAAUCUUCCAAUAUGGGGUGUCGUUGGUGAGGAUGAAAAUAAUGGUGAUGAGAUAUCAUAUUAUUUAUUUACUCAUAAAAAAUUCGACAUUGGAUACAAUGAUAAACAAAUAGUUGAUGUUAACUUGACAACUAAUAGUGUUAAAGUUAAGUUGACUCCAAAUGCACAUAUUACAUUUACUUAUGAAGUUAAUUGGAAAAAAAGUAAUGUUAAGUUUGAAGAUAGAUUUGAUAAAUAUUUGGAUCCUAGCUUCUUCCAACAUAGAAUACACUGGUUUAGUAUUUUUAAUAGUUUUAUGAUGGUAAUUUUUCUUGUCGGACUUGUUUCAAUGAUAUUGAUGCGUACAUUGAGAAAAGAUUACGCAAGGUAUAGUAAAGAUGAAGAAAUAGAUGACAUUGAACGAGAUUUGGGUGAUGAAUAUGGUUGGAAACAAGUUCAUGGUGACGUAUUUCGACCAGCUAGUCAUCCAAUAUUAUUUUCAGCACUAAUUGGUGCUGGUUAUCAAGUGACUGUUGUAGUACUUAGUGUUAUAAUAUUUGCAAUACUUGGAGAGCUUUAUACUGAACGAGGUUCAAUGCUUUCAACAGCAAUAUUUAUGUAUGCUGCUACAUCACCAGUUAACGGUUAUGCUGGUGGUGGACUUUAUGCACGUAUGGGUGGACGAAUAUGGAUAAAACAAAUGUUAUUAAGUGCAUUUAUGCUACCACUUAUGGUCUGUGGUACAGCAUUUUUUAUAAAUUUUAUUGCUAUGUACUAUCAUGCAAGUCGCGCUAUUCCCUUUGGCUCAAUGGUUGCAGUAACAUGUAUAUGCGUAUUUGUUAUUUUACCAUUAACAUUGGUUGGAACAAUAUUAGGGCGUAAUCUUGGUGGUACACCAGAUGCACCAUGCAGAGUUAAUGCAGUACCCCGUCCAAUUCCUGAAAAAAAAUGGUUUAUGGAACCAUUGAUAAUUAUUUUACUUGGUGGUAUUCUUCCUUUUGGCUCAAUAUUUAUUGAAAUGUAUUUUAUAUUUACGUCUUUUUGGGCAUAUAAAAUAUAUUACGUUUAUGGAUUUAUGUUACUGGUAUUUGUUAUUCUGAUGAUUGUAACUGUUUGUGUUACUAUUGUAUGCACAUACUUUUUAUUAAAUGCCGAAGAUUACAGAUGGCAAUGGACGAGUUUCUUAGCUGCUGCAUCUACCGCCGGUUAUGUUUACAUUUAUUCAUUUUACUAUUUCUUCUUCAAAACAAAAAUGUAUGGCCUUUUCCAAACUGCAUUUUAUUUCAGUUACAUGGCACUUUUCAGUUUAGCUCUUGGUAUAAUGUGUGGUACAGUAGGAUAUAUUGGCACUAAUGCAUUUGUUCGUAAAAUUUAUUCCACAGUUAAAAUAGAUUAAAUUCCUUCUAUUUAAUAAUAUUUAUUAUAAAAUUUAAUAAACGAUCAUUUUGAAUUGUACAAACGAAAAAAAUUUAAUUAGUAUUGAAAUUUCUGUACAUCAUCAUCAUUAUCAUCAUCAUCAAUCAUUGAUAACACGUACAACAUUUUUGUUUAAUUGAUAUAUUUUGUGUGUAUGUAUACAUAAUGCGUCGUCAAUGUUAAUAUAAUAAAAUUGGCCAAUUUGUACAAUCAGGAA